AUUUUUGUCCACAAAGGAUGAGAAGUGAAACAUAUUCUUCCUUUAUAGAUACAUCUGUUCAGACACCAGCCUUUGUCAACACCAAAGUAAGUGGCAGCAGAUGGCAAGGCGGGGCAAUCCUUGGUAUCCAAAGUGCUGACACCUCAAUCCUUCUACUUCAUCUGGACUUGGGGAAGGAGGGGUGUCACAGAAAUGCUGAACUGAACCAUACAAGCUUAACCACACAAGCCUUAUUUUGUGACCCCCUCCAACAAGAGGAGUACAUUUCAAGAAAGGGGGAAUGUCUGUAAACAGGGGUGUCAUCAGGCAUUCUUGGCCCAAUGAAAAUACAUCACACUGGGCUCCACCACCACAAACCAGUUACUGUAACAACACAUCCAUUGAACAUCCAAGAAAGCCCCAGACGACUCAGACUCACACACUCCUUCUGGCACAGAGAAGGACAGAAGAAGACCAGCAGAGAUUCUAUUGACCUACCAUAACAUCAGAAACGACCUGCUGAAGGACAACAGCUCUGAAUCGAUAUCAACAGAAACUUUCUGGAUAAACUCUCAGAUGAUCUUGGAAGACAUUGCACUUGAACUAUACGCUUUAGAGGAAAGAAGAACAAAUUCAGUAUAUUUUUUCCUGUGUGGCACUGACCUGUGUCAAAACUUCAUUUGAAAAAUAUUUCAGCCUGGCAACCAAUCAGAAACCACUUGGUACAGAAAAGGUAUACACAUUCAGACACAAGAGUACGUGUUAAGAUGGAGGACCAGGUGGCUGAAAUCAAUGUGUUUUCUUCUGACAGCUCUGACUUCACUGAUGGAACUGGAACAGAUAAAUAUUCAGUCCCAGGUAAAGGACUCGGCCAUGGCAUGCUUUGUAAAGUGUGUUCUGAUUCAAGCAGCGGCAAACACUAUGGCAUCUACGCCUGCAACGGCUGCAGUGGCUUCUUCAAACGCAGUGUCAGACGAAGACUCAUCUACAGGUGUCAGGCCGGGACUGGCAGGUGCCCUGUGGACAAAGCUCAUCGUAAUCAGUGCCAAGCUUGUCGACUGAAGAAGUGUCUUCAAGCUGGAAUGAAUAAAGACGCUGUGCAGAACAAGCGACAGCCCCGAAGCACAGCACAUAUCAGUCUAGAAUCCUUAUGUGUGGACACUCAAAAAGGGCAUCUAGCGACCACACGCAAGCUCACCUGCUCUGCCACCAACUCAUCAGUCAUCUGUAGACCCGUGGUCACUUCCUCUGCCACCAUCCAACCCUGCAGCAACCCCAACAACAACCAUCGCUUAAUGGUCAGCCUGCUGACUGCAGAAACCUGUGCAAAGCUGGAGCCUGAGGAUGUGGAGGAGACUAUUGAUGUGACAACCAAUGAUUUAGAGAGAGAUCAGACUCCUUCGGACUGUCGUAUGUCCCCAUACACCUCCAGUUGUUCUGAGACUGUAUAUGAAACAUCAGCACGGCUUCUCUUCAUGUCUGUCAAAUGGGCAAAAAAUUUGCCUGCUUUUGCGCACUUGCCAUUUCGAGACCAGGUGAUUCUCCUUGAAGAAUCUUGGAGUGAGAUGUUCUUGUUGUGUGCCAUCCAGUGGUCCCUCCCUCUGGACAGCUGUCCUCUUCUAUCCCUGCCUGAGCAUUCUCCUCCACAGCAGGGCAAGAUCUGCCUCCCCAUGACUGACCAAUGCAUCCUGGAAGGGGUCUUUAACCGCUUUAAGGCCCUGGCUGUUAACCCCACUGAGUUUGCCUGCCUGAAAGCCAUUGUCCUUUUCAAGCCAGAGACACGCAGUCUCAAAGACCCAGAUCAGGUGGGGAAUCUGCAGGACCAGUCCCAGGUGUUGUUAGGUCAGCACAUCCAUUUGGUGUAUCCCAAUCAAAGUGCCAGGUUCGGGAGACUGUUACUCUUGCUGCCUUCACUCCGCUUUGUGAGCCCAGAGAAAAUAGAGCAGCUUUUCUUUCACAGGACCAUUGGGAGCACACCUAUGGAGAAGCUGCUGUGUGACAUGUUCAAAAACUAAACAAGCAUCAACGGACACCAGUAACAACUGUUUUUUGUAAAUAACACAAUUUUUGUAAGGAUUUUUAAAGCAAUUUAAGUUGAUGACAUUUGUAAGUUUUUAUUGUGGGUAUUGCUUUGAAAUAAAUGUGGAAUUGUUGUAA